CGCAGGCCUCGGUCGCUCUUCUGGGACGCCGUUACCUGAGCUCACCUUCACCCUCUCCCCACAGCCCUCUCAAAUUGGUGAGCUGGGAGGUUUCCAAGGCAACCGUCUAGCUGGGCGGAUCUCUGAAGGAGGAAAACGCAACCGGGAAGUGACGUCCUUACAUCGCGCCCGCGGUGAGAGGGUUCGAAGAUGGCGGCGCGCAAGGGUAGGGGGCGCACGUGUGAAACCGGGGAACCCAUGGAGGCCGAGUCCAGCGACGCAGGGACCGAAGGCCGGGCCCAGGUCUACCUGCCCGGCCGUGGACCGCCGUUGCGCGAAGGAGAGGAGCUGGUCAUGGACGAGGAGGCCUACGUGCUGUACCACCGAGCGCAGACUGGAGCCCCCUGUCUUAGCUUCGACAUAGUCCGGGAUCACCUGGGAGACAACCGGACAGAGCUUCCUCUUACACUUUACCUGUGUGCUGGGACCCAAGCCGAGAGCGCCCAGAGCAACAGACUGAUGAUGCUUCGGAUGCAUAAUCUGCAUGGGACAAAGCCCCCGCCAUCGGAGGGCAGUGAGGAGGAGGAAGAGGAGGAAGAUGAAGAGGAUGAAGAAGAACGGAAGCCUCAGCUGGAGCUGGCUAUGGUGCCCCACUAUGGCGGCAUCAACCGAGUCCGGGUGUCAUGGCUGGGCGAGGAGCCGGUGGCUGGCGUAUGGUCAGAGAAGGGCCAGGUGGAGGUGUUCGCGCUGCGGCGGCUUCUGCAGGCAGUGGAUGACCCCCAGGCAUUGGCGACCUUCCUCCGGGAUGAGCAGGCCCGUGUGAAGCCCAUCUUCGCCUUCGCUGGCCACAUGGGCGAGGGCUUUGCACUUGACUGGUCCCCCCGUGUGUCUGGGCGCCUGCUGACUGGUGACUGUCAGAAGAACAUCCACCUCUGGACGCCCACGGACGGCGGCUCCUGGCACGUGGACCAGCGGCCCUUUGUGGGCCACACGCGCUCUGUGGAGGACCUGCAGUGGUCCCCGACGGAGGACACAGUGUUCGCCUCCUGCUCAGCUGAUGCCUCCGUUCGCAUCUGGGACAUCCGGGCCGCCCCCAGCAAGGCCUGCAUGCUCACCACCGCCACCGCCCACGACAGCGACGUCAACGUCAUCAGCUGGAGCCGCCGGGAACCCUUCCUGCUCAGCGGCGGGGACGACGGUGCCCUCAAGAUUUGGGACCUGCGACAGUUCAAGUCUGGCUCCCCGGUGGCCACCUUCAAGCAGCACAUGGCCCCCGUGACCUCGGUCGAGUGGCACCCCCAGGACAGCGGCGUCUUCGCGGCCUCAGGUGCAGACAACCAGAUCACACAGUGGGACUUGGCCGUGGAGCGUGACCCCGAGGCGGGCGACGCGGAGACUGCCGACCCCGGGCUGGCGGACCUGCCCCAGCAGCUGCUGUUUGUGCACCAGGGCGAGACGGACCUGAAGGAGCUGCACUGGCACCCGCAGUGCCCUGGGCUCCUGGUCAGCACCGCGCUCUCGGGCUUCACCGUCUUCCGCACCAUCAGCGUCUGAGGGGGCCCGCCGCCCCCGGUCUGGCCUGGCCGCGCCCUCGGCCGCUGAGCUCGAAGCUGCUUCCGCCGCUAGGGACUCCUUCGGCUCUGCUGACCAGCCCUCCUCCCAUAGAAGGGCUUAGCUUGAACCGUAGCUGCCAUGACGGAUUCUGUUUGAUAUUUUGUUUGGUGUCACGAACCCCUCUUGCCAAAGGAUCUGGUUUGACCCAUGACUGUACAACUACUUGGUUUGGUCCAGGGAGCCUUCCAACCACAGGGCUCGGUUUGACGCCGGGGACCCCUCCCGUGGAAAGACCUGGUUUGGCCCAGGCUGCCCCCUCCCCCGCCCCCACCUGUGCGAGGACCUGCUGGCCCGUUUCCCAGGUGGGCCUGGUGUGGCCGGUGUCGCUGUGGAUAUUUUGUGAGCUCUGGCACCUGGCUUGACCCUUUGACCUCUCUGUCCCGGGACCCGGUUGUGGCCACUGGUCUCCCCCAGGGAACUCGAGGACUUUACAGUGGGUGGACCAAAGUUGGGGCGUGGGUUCCUCCAGCAGAAUCCGGUGUUGCCCUUUGUCUUCCUGCCAAACAGGGUUUGGCCCGGACUUCCCAGUGGGGGGUUGUGUGGGUCUUCUUCCCCUCCCGCCCGCAUCCAAAGCAGGCGCUGUGCAGGGAGGAAGGUCAGGGGCUCCUGAGGCAGUAAAGGACGAGAACGGGGCCUGA